AUGAACAAACUAGAUAAAAACAAGCAAAUUGAGCGACCUAAAGUUGAGCCCCUUGGAGAUAUCAGAAUUGCUGAAGCUAGAGGCUUCCUUGAGUAAAUGAAGAAAGAUACAUCAGAGGCAAUCACUAAGAUCAGAUCAAAUACUGAUGCUGCUGAGAAUCAAAGAAGAAUUCAAGAGGAGAAAAUGAAAAAGGAAAGAGCAGCUGCAAUUCAAAAUGAAGUUAUCACCAGUCAUAAAAAGAAUGUUGAAAUCGAUUGGAAUUGGCAAGAACUUGAAGAGAAAGAAGAUUGUGAGGAACUUGCUAAGGAUAUUGAAGUCCAAAAAGGUGAAUGUAAAGCAAUCAUUGAUUAGAAAGACAACCUAAUCAGAAUGUUUAUGGAGUAGCUAAAGAUGAAGGAUGAGGAAUACGUCAAGUCCCUCAAGCGACAAAAUGACGAUAUAGAUGAGUUAAUUAAGGCUAUGAGAAAGUAGUUCAACGAUAUGAGACAAGACUAUGCAGACUAGCUUAACAAUAUUGAGAAGGCUUUCAAUGACGAGAGAGAUCAGAUUUUAGAAAAGAAUAGUAAUGAGAUCAAGAGUCUUUUCGAUGAGCAUAGAAAGCUUGAAGAGCACUUCCAAAGAAAGAGAGCUGAGGAUGAGGAAAACUAUGCCAAGCAACUAGAAGAUCUAAGAUCAAAGGACGCAAAUGAUCAAGCCGAAUAAAAGAUUAAAUUGGAGAAGGAAAUGUAAAUUCUAGAGAAGUGUAUGGAAGAUAUGAAGGCAGUCUACAGGCUGAAUGAGGAAAAAUUAGAGUUUAAUCACAAGGUCCUUAAGGAAAGAGAAAAAGUUAACUCUAACACCAUCAGUGGAUUAAAGAAUAAGGAUCGUAGAAAUAAAGAUAUUCUUAGGACUGUCAAAGACAAGUUUGAAACUCAGUCUAAAAACUACCAAAAGGAGAAUAUUAAAUUGACUGAAGACUAUAAGAAAUUCACAAAGUAAUUCAAAGAACUUCAGAACAAAUUCAAGAGAUUUGAAAAGAGUGAUGAAAACAGAUUCAAUGAAAUUUGGACCAUGAAUGAAAACGAGGUUAGAGCUCUUAUCAACAAAAUUAUUCAAGCAGAUAGAGUGAUCCAUAUGCAAUAAUUAGGUAUUCCUUGGUAACCACCUACUGAUCCAAUCUUUGGAUUCACUGAUGCAAAUCAAGCCAGUGGCGGUGCAGGUGGAAGUUAAAUGGGCCCCAACACUUCAAUCAUGGACUCUUCUAAGCAUGGAAUGUCAAAAUCAGAGUUUGUAGAUGAUUAAUCAGUAGCUACCGGGUAGCAAUAUGACUACAAAGUUUCGAUCUAGAGAAUCAAAAAUGUUUUCAAUCUUCUUAUCACAGAGUGCCCUUUCUUGAUUGAUGACAAAGCAAUGAUGGAAUCAAUGAACAAGCCAAUUAAAGAAUAAUUCACAAUUCAAAUAGACUCAAUACGUAAAUCACUUGGUAUUGAUAACAUGGACGAUGUUGAAUUAUUAGUGCUUACAUUCUUUGAGUUUUCAGAUAGAAAGAAAUAAGAAAGAACCUAAAUGGAAGAUGAAGAGGAGCAUUUGUCUCAAUAAUAAUAGCUUUAACUUCAAUAAGAGGGUUCAAAGAAGGCUACAAAGAAACUAGAAGAGAACAACAAUAGAAAGAUGAGUGACUACGGUGAUGGCAACUAGGAUGAUCAAUAAAAUCCAUAGUAGGAGAAAAAUGAAGAUGAUGAUCAAUUGAUGACUGAUAUGGACGAAGUAGUAGAUAUUCUCAAAGAAUUCCAUAAGAGAAGAGAGGAAAGAGCUAACAAUGCUGAAUUACUUGGAAAUCCAAGAAUGAAGAAGAGAUCAAACUUUGAGACUGAAGAACAGAAGAAGGAACGCGUCAAGAGGGAGGAGAGAAUCUUCUGGGAGAAGAUGACUACUGUGCUCAAUGAAUAAAAGCUAUCAGUCUGGAGAGCACUUGAUAAAGCUCUCAGCAGGUACUACAGUCUGCUAGUAGAAAGAUAAAACUUAAUUGAAGAGACUGGAUUGCUCAAUCAAUAGAACGAAGAACUAAAGACCCUACUCAAUCAAUAUCUACAAGCUGGUGUCAAUCACGAAUUACAUGUGCCACCUACUUAGGUUAUCAGACUCGAUAUUUGA